GGAACGCAAACACUUCCCUGCGUCGCCUGUCGUGUUUCCAUGGUAACGGAUAUCGCACAGGCGACUUCCUAGUCGGGCUGUUUCUGUUUCCAUCGGUUGUUUCUCUCUGUGGAGGUCCUGGGGAAGCGCAUGAGGCCGGAUUGCAAGAUGAAUUUGGAGAUAAAAGGAGUGGCGGCAAGUCCUCGGGGUCAGACUCGUGUUACAUCCAAAUCUGAUCUUGCCAAGGGUUGGCGGGCACAGUCACACGCUUCAGAAACACGGCCUCAGGAGGUACCUUCACUAGAUCUUGGAAAGCUUGGAGAUUCUGAUGAUGAGGACACGUAUGUACCUUUAAGUAAAGAGUACCCAAGGUUUGGCCCUCCAGAUUCAUCCUCAACUGUCAGUUGGGGAACACCUCUGCACACUCCAUAUGCACAACAUGAUCAGAAACCACAGAUUUCUCUAACACAGUUGAAAACCGUUCCGGAGAAUUUACCAUCAGCAUCAGACAGAUUUCGCUUGAAGUAUCAGCAGUAUGAGGAGGAUAUGAAGAAUAGCUACAAGCAAUAUACGAUGAGAGAAAAGAAUAAACAGCAAUCUGCAGGACAGGAUAAUAGACAUGAGCAGGGUGGAAGACCUGAGGAUGGAGGUUUUGCUAUGAUAACACCAUUUGAUGAUAAAGUCUACCUUCAGCGCUGCUACACCAGUAAACCGUACACAGCGCAGCAUAGCCUGAGGAAGCUGGAAGCUGAGGACCUGGCUGCAGAGAGGAGGAAGCAAUCUGUUGUAGAGCAAGUUAUGAUAGACCAUCUUUCUAGGGCCGUUAUUAGUGACCCAGAACAAAACGUAAACGCGUCCUUUCUGAAUAAUCCUCAGCAAGACCUGACAUCUGCUCCUCUCCGCUUCAGGAAGAGAACGUUACACGAAACCAAGAUAAAAACAAGCUCAACGCUGACAGAAAAUAUGCUGUCGAACAAGCUGCGGUUUGAUGCACGAAUCAUAUGCAGAAAUGGCCGUGAUGCCUGCAGGGAGCUUAUUGGGUUCUUUUUCACACAUGACAAGUCAGUUACAAUCUACGAAUAUCGUCAGUUUGGCAAGAACAGAACAAAUGCAUUACCCUUCAUCCAAAAAGGAAUAUAUCUUCAUAAAUCUGGACGAAGAAGAGGAAAACCAUAUGAGAUUAAAGAUUUUUUUCCCGGAGCAGAUCUUUCUUUCCUGACAGCAGAACAUCAAAGUCUUUCAGAAAGCUUAAGGCAAAACCCAAUACUUACCAUUCGAAUCACAGCUAUUGAUGAGGAAGCCUUGAAGUCCUUAAGGGAUAUUUGUGAGGGAAACAAGUUGGACCUAGGCGUUCACUGGAAUGAUGAAGAGAACAUUAUUUUGGCAAUGCAAGAUGUUAUGAAGGAGAAACUGAAGAAGAGAGGUGUUAGAACUUUAACAGGAUUAGGGAAAUACUUAAGACAACUUGACGGAAGUGGAUCUGGAGGUUUAGGAAAAGCAGAAUUCAAGCAGGCUCUUCAGAUGUACCACUUGGAUAUAUCUGAGAAGAUCUUUGAAUCCUUCUGGCUGAUCCUGGAUGAAAAUAAUAAAGGAAGAGUAGAUUGCGGAAUCUUUGUUCGGGCUCUUAUUGGGGAAAUGAAUGAGCACAGAAAAUCAUUUGUUCGAAAGGCUUUUAUGAAAUUGGAUCCUAAUAAAACUGGUUUGGUAACUAUGGUAGACAUUAGAAAGUUUUACUGUGCCAAAAAACAUCCACAAGUUUUGGCAGGUUCUUCAUCAGAGGAGGAAAUAAAAUCUGCAUUUUUGGAAACAUUAGAGAAUGCUUGCAGUAAUCCCCAUGAAGUAUCCUACUGUGAAUUUGAAGAUUAUUAUGAAGGACUAAGUAUUGGCAUCAUGUCUGAUGAAGACUUCGUUAAUAUUUUAAGAAAUUCUUGGGGCAUAUAGGGUAUUGUGCCUCGUACAAGUGACCUUCAAUAUGAUUUAUCCAGUUUUAGAGGAAAGAAUGUACUUUUAAUCUUUUUGCAAGUAGAUUUACUCUACCACUGGGUGACAUUUUCAGUGCCUAAUCAAUUAAAUGUAGCAAAUUGGACUUCUGGUUUUAUGAGUUCUUGAACCAGUUAUUUCACAUGUAAUUAUUCCUUUAAUUACUUUUGUACAAAGGUAUUUCAUUAAUUAUAUAUUUUAGAUAUAGAGCAAUAACUUUUAGGCCUUUUUACGCACACAGUUUUUGCACAUGUAAAAGCAAAAUCAGAUGUGGAUUAAAGAUAAGCGAAUUUCCUAAAAUUUGUUUCGGUCAGAAUCAUCCAUGGAAUUAAAUUCUAAUGCUAAUUGGUUCUUUGCAAAAAGAAAAUGUUGUAAAUACUUGGAAGCUAUCUGUCUUUCUCUCCCUCUCCUGUUGGAGGGCAAACAUGCUGUGACUAGCUGUUAAUUUAAAGGGAAUGUUUUUACGUUAAACUUAUUUUAAAGAAUAUUUGGUGAUGUUAUUUGUAAUUUUCCAUGUCAGUAUAUUUAAAAAAAAUCUAAAAUCCUGCAGUUUUCACACUGUCAAUUAAGCCUAAUAAUAGGCGCCACUGUUUGCUCUGUACAGAAUACUUUUCAUCAUUAUCAUCACAGGCAGGAUUACAAUGACAGAUACCACCUCUAUCUAUAUAUAGAUAACAUAGGAUCCACCAUUUAAAAUAGGUGAUUGUCAAAGCUUAUCUUCUCCCUAUGAACAGGUCAGGUCACAGAGCAUGCCUAGAAAACUCUCCCGUAGAAGUCAAUGGUCCCCCCUACCAUUGUGUCUAAGGCCCAUGGUGGAUGCUGUAAAGCAUAUCUCUAAAUCUUGUUAAGAACAGCUCAGGCAAGAUGGCAGCCCCCAUAAUGAUGUUCAGGAAGUAGAAAAAAAAAAAGCUGCAAUCAGAAAAUCAAAACAAAUUGGGAAAACAGGGCAUGUGCUACUAUCUGAUUUAAUAGGUAAGAGUGUGAUCCUAUAAACUUUAAAGUACAGUAGAAGAGAAGGGGGAAAAACUGUUAAUCUUCAUAUCACAUGACCAGAACAGAUUUCUAUCCCAUUGAAUGACUAGUCAAGAUCUUGAAAAAUUGAUACAGAAAGUAUAUUAGAAAAAUGAUAUAACAUUUUAUUAUUUAAAAUGCUUGGAGUUGUUUUUUUUUAGUAUUUGUAAGAACCUGAUUUCUAUUUUUAUAAUUUCAGUUGCAUUAUAAUGUUGGUGUGUUGAAUUUCACAUGUACUGGAUAACCAGGCUGCGGCUGCUACUGCCUUAUUAAAUGUUACUGCCGUUAUUUGUAUUUUUUUCAGUUUUAUUGAUGUAUUUUAUAGUUUCUUUCCUGUUUUUGUUACAAAUUCCAUGUUAAUUAAUUAUAACAUUCUAUACAAUUAUCUAGUUAAUUAUUAAUAAAACUAUUUUUCUUGAA